UAAAGCAAUACUCAACAAACAAACCCCCCUUGAGCAUUUAACUCCUCACCUUUGAAAAGAACUAGACGCAGCAACAGCGCCUAUCCACUCAUCGAACGUCGACGUUAUCUUUUCCGGUCACUUUCUCAGCUCUCACAAUCCUUCUAGUUUCUGACCACCUUGCUUAGGAGGAGGAAUCGAGUUUUCUUGUUGAUCGAGGAACCUAGUGUUUCAUCCUUAAGAGGAAUUAGAAGAAAAAAUUUCUUUAGCAGCUGAAGAAACUGAAUUGGCCACUCCGGUGGGGGUGGUGGGGGUCGGAAUUUGGGAGGAUUUGUUAAUUUAUCGACAUCUUAUGGUGCCAAAUAGUUUAAGUCAAUCAUCAAAACUUGAACUAUAACAGGGAAAAAAGCGUCUCUUGUUUCAGCAGAGUUAAGAAGUGGUACAUAAAGCAAGUAAACUUUUUAUAGGUUUCUAUGCUUUCAUCAUUUUCAGUCGUGUUGGUGAACUUAGAUGGGUGUUCCCUCUUUGGGACUGCAUUCUGAAUAUCAAACUGACACUUGUCCAUUGUUAAUGGAGCAACCAAAGGACUUUAAUGGACAUGUUAUUGACAUGCCAAGGAUUGGUGAUACUUCUUCAUCCAACUCAUCUUAUGAAACAACUUCGAAUGGGUUGGAUGUUUUGCAGCAUGUGGAUAGACCUUCUACUAGUGCAAGAGCACUAGUUUCACAACCUUCUCAACCUUCUCAACCUUCUCAACCUUCAACAUCUUCAUCCAAUGGUACAAAUUCAAGAACCUCAUCUUCUGUAAGGAGAGGGGAUACCCGUCGGAGGAGGAGUCCGUUGAAUUCUGUUUUGUGGAUUUCUGUUGAACUUGUUCUUACAGUGAGCCAGAUUGUAGCAUCUAUUGUUGUCUUGUCUUUGUCACGGAAUGAGCAUCCCCGUACACCAUUGUUUGCAUGGAUUGUGGGUUAUUCAUCUGGAUGUGUAGCAACCCUCCCUCUUCUGUAUUGGCGUUAUCGUCAUCGUAACGAGGCUUCUGAGCAAGACUCAGCUCAAAAUCGCCAUGCUUCACUCAAUAAUGCCCCUGCCAGAUCCUUUUCUCUCUCUGUUACUAGGACUUCUGAUGGGGGUGAUCAUCGAACUGCAACUACAUCACCUAGAGGUGGCCAAAACAUGGGAAUAACAAGUGCCAGAAUAAAAGCUCUAGUGGAAUACUUCAAAAUGAUUUUAGAUUGCUUCUUUGCUGUUUGGUUUGUGGUUGGCAACGUCUGGAUCUUUGGUGGGCACUCAUCUGCCAGUGAGGCUCCUAACUUGUACAGGUUGUGUAUAGUUUUUCUUACAAUUAGUUGUAUCGGAUAUGCAAUACCCUUCAUUCUAUGUGCUACGAUCUGCUGUUGCCUGCCUUGUAUUAUUUCUGUCCUUGGAUUUAGAGAGGAUCUAUCACAUGCAAGAGGGGCCACACCUGAAUCCAUUGAGGCUUUGCCAACAUACAAGUUCAAGGUGAAGAAAAAUAGAAAUGGUGAUGGUAAGGAUGUCAACUCAGGUGCCAGUGAGGCUGGGGUUGUGGCUGCAGGAACGGAAAAGGAAAGGAUCAUCUCUGGAGAAGAUGCAGUCUGCUGCAUUUGUUUGGCAAAAUACACAAAUAACGAAGAGCUAAGGGAGCUCCCAUGUUCUCACUUCAUGCACAAGGAAUGCGUUGACAAAUGGCUAAAGAUCAAUGCAUCUUGUCCUCUUUGCAAGAACGACAUUGGCGAGAAUGUACUGGAUGCAAUAUCCGGGACGAGCACAGCCAGCAUCUUGAGCUCACUGUCGGGAGCACAUGAUAACCAGCGACGAGCUGCAUACAGUUUGAUGGUGUUUCUACUAAUGUGUUGGGUGGUCGUCCCUUCCAUUCUUUAUGGUUAUCUUACGGGAUGAAAGUGAAACACUGAGAAUCGAGAUGUAAGCUUGUUACUCUCACUUGACUGUGACUGACAGACACAACACAAACAAAAACAAACCAAACACACGGCAAAUUCUUCUAUCACCAAAAUAUUGUUGUUGUUGUUCCCCCAUCACAUUGGCAUCGUGCAUUUGCUAUGUAUGAUCUGUUUACUCUCAUUAUCUGCUAUAUGUAAUUACUCGCACACAACAUAUACAUACAUAUAUAUAUAUAAUUGCAACAUUUGCAAGAUAUAUAGGUUUUAGUUGGGAUAUGUUGUAUUGGGGCUCCAAAAACAAUGAAAAUGAAUGUAGUGCUGAAUUUGAAGCUUUUCUUA